UAAAUAAUACUAAUAAGAUUAAUAUGGAGAAAGAAACUGAAGAGCAACAACUGAGAUCUAAAUGCACAAAGAUGAAGAAAUGCAGCCAUUAGAAGUGUGCGGUUGACAUAAUGAAUCUGUUUCAAGGUCUGAGGUUUUUUUUCUCCAGUUUCUAAGAGAGACCCCCUCCCCCUCCCUUUGCUUCCCUCUUCCCCUCCUCUCUCUCUCUCUCUCUCUGUCGCUCUCUCCACAUCUCUGCACUCUCCUCUGUCAGUCGUGUGGGAAGCUCCAUGAAUGCGGCUGCACACUAGCAGACUUCUGCACCUGAUCCCGUUGCGCCUCUAUAGGACGAGGUAAUGCAAGCCUCCUCUCCUCCUCCACUAUCUCCGAUCUCUUUUUCUGGAUACAAAUAUAUAUUUUUUCCUUUUUAAUCUAAGAGGAACGAUUUACCAGUUCUCCAAUUUCCUCCCAUCAUCUGUGCUCUCUGACUGGAGGGGGGGUGGGAGGGAUGGAAGGGACGGUGAGAGCGCGGACUUUCCUGCUCCUAUUUUGCACUGGAGCAGACUGAAGGCUCAGUGACAAGUAAUUUCUUUUUGAAACAUGUCUUAUAUGUAGUAUUGACCUCUCUUUAUUUUAACCCCUGACUGAAACACCAAGAACAACGUUGGAAAUAUGUUGCCAGGAUGGAAAAUAACCCACAGUCUGACUGGAGCGCAUUGGCUGCUCCUUACCCCUUUGCGCAACUUCAGCUCAUAACGACCCAGUAUUUAUUAUUCCAUGGAUCGCUGAAGGUUGCGGUGCAGAUCUGAAACCAGGCUCACAGUGUUGGAACCUCCUUUCUCCCCUGUUUUGCGUUGGGGGAAAAAACCUUUGAGAAUGAGAGGUUUAUCUGGCUGCAUCCACCUUGCACCCUUUUCCUUGCUUCGGAGUCUCUGGACUCGCCGUCAACAUCUCUAAAGGUAAAAAAAGGCAAAAGGAAAGAGGGUGAAGAUCUCUACUUCACCAUACUUCUGUGCUCUUCUCGCCUUUUCUACCUCCUCUAUAAGCAAAUGAGCCCUCUCCCAUGGAGGUAGUACAGCCGCUCUGGGAGCCCAAUGACCAGCGGGGAGAUUUUUCCAAGCAAAAGGAGCCCGUCAGCAAGAGGCGCAUCGGAUGAAAUCAGAGCCCCGCACCCUCCCUAUUCACCCACCCCACUUCCUUUUUCCUCCUCUGUUACUCCCCACCCUACCCCCUUCCCUAUUCCUCCUUCUAGUUUAGCUUGAAUCGUGUUAAAGCUGCACGGGGGCAUAAAGGGGCUGGAGAAACCUUGUUGCACCCCCUCAAAUCCAUCUGCGCUCUUACACUCGAGCUGGAAGGACUGUUUUGCGCACGUCUCCAUCAAUGCUGCCCCAAGUCUCCAGAGGGAGCCGCGCUCAUUGUCACCGCAGCUUUUGGUUACUAAAUGGUUUACUGGGGGAGGUUUUCUAACCGGCGAGAUGCUGCUCAUACCCCUGCUGGCAGCCUUUUUUUCCUCCAUCUCGGGCUCCCUCUCCUCAUCCCUCUCCUCCAUGUCAGACGGACCUCCGAUGAUGGACCCCACUGCCUCGGACCUGAUGGCUGAGACCUGCAUCGCCUGCUCUUGCAUGUCGGUGGAGAACGUGCUGUACGUCAACUGUGAGAAGAUCACCGUCUAUCGGCCCACGCAGCUCAUCCCUCCAGCCUCCUCCCUGUACCACCUGAACUUCCAGAACAAUUUUCUGAUUGUGCUGUACCCCAACUCGUUCCUCAACUUCACCCACGCUGUGUCACUGCAGCUGGGGAACAAUAAACUGCAGAACAUCGAAGGCGGAGCGUUCAUGGGGAUGAGCGCGUUGAAGCAGCUGCACCUUAACAAUAACGAGUUGAAGGUGCUGCGAGCUGACACUUUCCAAGGCAUUGAAAACCUGGAAUACCUUCAGGCUGACUACAACUUAAUAAAAUACAUUGAAAAGGGAGCAUUUAACAAACUACACAAACUCAAAGUGCUGAUUCUGAAUGAUAAUCUCAUACAGGCACUUCCUGAGAACAUUUUCCGCUUUGCCUCUCUCACACACUUGGAUAUAAGAGGAAACAGGAUUCAGAACCUCCCAUAUUUAGGAGUCCUUGAGCAUAUUGGGCGGAUUGUAGAGCUGCAGCUUGACGACAACCCCUGGAACUGUACCUGUGAUUUAGCACCUCUGAAGGCGUGGCUUGAAAACAUGCCCUACAAUAUUUUUAUUGGUGAGGCCAUAUGUGAAACCCCGAGUGACUUAUAUGGGAGGCUUCUGAAAGAAACCAACAGACAGGAGCUUUGUCCCAUGGGAACGGGAAGCGAAUUUGAUAUUAAGAUGCCACCUGCACAGCCUGAAAAUGGGCAGGGGCCAUCCAAAAUGACACCAACCACAGCAGCUCCAAAAUCGCCAAAAACAACUGACUCAUCUAAGUUUUAUGGAAAUGGCAUUGUGGCUGGUUUACCCCCUUUUGGCAAAAACAGAGAUAUUGUUCCACGGACUCCCCUAAUGUUGUGUCCACCCCCUUGCAGCUGUAAGGCCCAUCCCUCUGACUUUGGUGUUAGUGUAAGCUGUCAGGAAAGGAGUAUAAGAAAUCUUGCUGAUCUUAAUUCCAAACCCCCAAAUGCCAAGAAACUUCACCUAAGUGGGAAUUACAUCCGUGAUAUCAGCCCAACUGAUUUCCAAGGCUUUGAGGGCUUAGAUUUGCUUCAUCUUGGCAGUAAUCAAAUUGCAGUGGUACAAAAAGGUGUGUUUGCUAACCUUACUAAUCUAAGGAGACUGUAUUUGAAUGGAAACCAACUUGAACAGCUACACCCAGAGAUGUUUCUGGGCCUCACAAACCUCCAGUACCUUUAUUUGGAAUACAAUGCCAUUAAAGAGAUCCUUGCAAGCACAUUUGACUCGAUGCCCAAUCUACAACUCCUGUAUCUCAACAACAAUGUCCUUCGGAGUCUCCCAGCCUAUAUCUUUGCUGGUAUCCCUCUAGCCAGACUCAACUUGAAAAACAACCACUUCAUGACAUUGCCAGUGAGUGGUGUCCUGGACAAUCUGCGGUCGCUGACCCAGAUAGAUCUAGAGGGCAACCCAUGGGAGUGCUCCUGCGAUCUGGUCGCACUCAAGCUUUGGCUGCAGAGGCUCAGUGAUGGAGUGGCUGCAAAAGAGGUGAAAUGUGCCUCCCCUGUGCAGUUUGCCAACAUUGAGCUGCGUUUGAUUAAAAAUGAGAUUCUCUGUCCUAAACUCACGACACCUCCACCUAUCUCAAGCUCCACCGCCAUUGUGACCUCGGUAUCACCCGCAGGAGUCGGCAAGGCACCUCCAGGAGGACCUGUGCCUCUCUCCAUUAUGAUCCUCAGCAUACUUGUGGUGCUUAUCCUAACUGUGUUUGUGGCCUUCUGCCUUCUAGUCUUUGUCCUAAGGCGGAAUAAAAAGCCCGUGGGCCGACAAGAGGGGCUGGGGAACCAGGAGUGUGGCUCGUUGUCUCUACAACUUCGUCGCCAUGGCCACAAAUCCGGCAAGAAAGGGUCCAUCCCUGGGGAUGACUUGGGAGGUGAAACGUUCAUUCCCCAGACCAUUGAGCACAUUGGGAAGAGCCAUACCUGUGGGAUUGGACGGUCCUCAGACAUGGACGCCGGCUUCAAGUUUGCCGACUCGCAGAGACAGAAGAUCAUCCUGCGAAACUGUCCCGACAAGGACAAGGACCUACUCUCCACCCUGGAGCGCAACAAACGCCUCAGCACCAUCGAUGAACUCGAGGAGUUUCUCCCCAACCGAGAGCCCAGCCUGUUCAUCCACAACUUCUUGGACAGUAAAAGAGAUUUUAACAGUAUAGGGAUGGGCGGGUAUGAAAUCCGAUAUCCUGAAAAGACACUGGAUAAAAAGAUGAAGAAAUCAUCACUGAUAGGUGGAAACCACAGUAAGAUCGUGGUGGAGCAGAGGAAAAGUGAGUAUUACGAGUUGAAAGCCAAGCUCCAAGGGACGCCUGAUUACCUGCAGGUGCUCGAGGAGCAGACUGCCCUGAGUAAAAUGUAGGAACUGUUUUGUUUGAUGGUCAGCACUGAUUACACACACAUCAAGCCAAUAGACAGGCAAACUCUAUCUUAUUUCUGUUCUCUCUUCAAGUCUCACAUACACACACCCUAUUCAAAUCCCCUCAUCUCUGACUUUCUGUCUUCAUCUCUACGUCCACACACACACGUACACACACACACACACACACACACACACACACACCUACACACAGAACAAAAAAAGUGCCUUCUGGAAAUCCUUAAUGACCAAUGCAG